AUGAACAUCAGGAAUGCGAGGGUUCUGUUUUGCUUUUCUUUAUGAGUUUUUUUCCAGCCAAGCGAUCUUUUUAGCAUGCGCGAUUGUAAUCUGGAUUGCCUCCCCGAAAAUUACGUUAUGAAGUAUUACUUUUAUCAUGGUCUCUCAUGGCCCCAGUUAUCUUACAUAGCCGAAGAGGCUGACGGCGAAAUAGUUGGAUAUGUUUUGGCGAAAAUGUAAUUAAACUUCCUAUCAGUUCACAGUCUUAUCAGGGAAGAGGAUCCGGAUGACGUGCCCUAUGGGCAUAUCACGUCGUUGGCUGUAAAACGCAGUCACCGCCGUCUGGGGCUUGCCAAAACCCUGAUGACAAUGGCCUCGAGGGCAAUGGUCGAAAAUUUUCAGGCCAGAUACGUUUCUCUUCACGUUCGCAAAAGCAACCGAGCUGCCCUCUCACUUUACAAGAAGAUGUUAAAUUUCGCGUAAUUGUCUGGUUCUGACGUCAAUAUCUUAGUGUGUCCGAAAUUGAACCGAAGUACUAUGCUGAUGGAGAGGAUGCAUAUGCCAUGAAGAAGGACUUGAAACCCUUCUGGGACUUAGUAGGUUGAUGUUACUCUCUCUACAUUCACCUCUCAGUAUGCCCCACCCGACCUACAUUUCAAGGCCGAAAAGGAAAAAAAUAAGCAUGAUUGA